AUGCCCGGCACGCGGCCGGCCGAACGCGACCCCCUCCCCGCGCCCCGCCGCCCCCCCUCGGCCUGCGGCGAGGAGGAGCAGGGGGGCCCGGCCGCCCGCUCGCCCCCCGCCAGCGUGCGCAGCCUGGAGUGCGACUCGGGCUACUCGGAGGCGUCGGGGGGCACGUGGCGCGAGGACGAAGCGCCGGUGCUGCGGCGGCACCCCCCACCCUGCCAGCGCGCACACCGACUCUCCGCCGGCACCCCCGCGCCCGCCCCCGCCCGCCGCGCCCGCCCCAAAUCCACGUCGGACGCCUGCCUGGAGCAGUGGCGGGCGCUCGAGCCGGCCGACGGGAGGGACUGGACGGUGUCGCUGCUGUCGCAGAGCCGCAACCGGCAGCCUCUGGUGCUGGGGGACAACUGCUUCGCCGACCUGGUGGAGAACUGGAUGGACCUGCCCGAGGUGGGCGCCGAGCCCCGCCGUCGACCGCCCGCCGAGUCCUCGCGCCGCUUGGGCAAACCGCCCGCCUUCCUGCUCAGCCUCUCGGGCAACGUGCGCCGCAAGCUGGCCAGCAUGGCCCGGCCCCGCGCCGCAGAGGGAGCCCGGCCGGGGGGCCGCGACCCCGCCAAGCGCCUGUCGUGCCCGCUGGGGCUGGGCGGGCAGCCCAAGGGAGCCUGCUUCCACCAGUCCCACAGCAACAUCGCCCAGCUGGCCACGGACUUCCACCGCUUCACCGCCCUCAUGAACAGCCGCAGCCGCCAGCCCAUCAUCUGCAACGACGUCAUCGGCUACAUCUAGCCCCGCCACCCCCUCCCCGCUGUAAAUAAACCCCCGUUUUGUACGAAA